CUAAGAUGGCGGAGGAGCAACAAGAAUCGUCGCAGGGAGAGAUGGAGGCAGGAGUGAACUGCCUUGCAUAUGAUGAGGCCAUUAUUGCUCAACAGGACAGAAUUCAACAAGAGAUUGCUACCAGCAACCCUUUAGUUUCGGAAAGACAGGACCUAUCAGUGCUGCAGAAAGAGUAUGCGGAGGAUGACACCAUUUAUCAGCUCAAGAUUGAGGACCUACAUAAAAAAUACUCCUACAUUCGUAAGACACGGCCAGAUGGGAACUGUUUCUACAGAGCCUUUGGCUUCUCACAUCUUGAGUCUCUCCUGGAUGACAGCAAAGAACUUAAAAGGUUCAAAGCUGUAGCAGCUAAAAGCAAACUGGACCUGGUCAACGAGGGUUUCACUGAGUUUACCAUUGAGGACUUCCACAAUACCUUCAUGGACCUCAUCGAACUGUGUGAGAAGCAGCCGGGCCUCCAGGAGCUGCUGAGCUCCUUCAAUGACCAGAACGUGUCAGACUACGUGGUUGUGUACUUGCGGCUGCUCACCUCAGGCUACCUACAGCGAGAGCACAGCUUUUUCCAGCACUUCAUAGAAGGAGGACGCUCGGUCAAGGAGUUCUGCCAGCAGGAGGUGGAGCCCAUGUCAAAAGAGAGUGACCACAUCCACAUCAUCGCUUUAGCCCAGGCUUUGAACGUGUCCAUCCUGGUGGAGUACAUGGACAGAGGCGAGGGGGGAGCCAUCAAUCACCAUGUCUUCCCCGAGGGCAGCGAGCCACGCAUCUUCCUCCUCUACAGACCCGGCCACUACGACAUCUUGUACAAAUAACGGCCCCACCCCUGUGUCUACGGCCCCACCUCAGCCUCCACCCCACUGCAGGCGACAGCAGUUUUAGGGUAAAAAAAAAAAAAAAAAAAACGCAUCAGCAGCCACACCGGUGAUGCAGACAUCUGUGUACUAAGGUUACACUCUUGUAUUCAAGGGGGGGGGAAAGAAAUCAGAAUACAUAACCUCCCCCACUGCCCCGCUCCCUCACUCCAAGUUUUUCCCCCAAUCAUCACAGAAUGGUUAAUUGAAAAGAGAGUCUCUGGAAAAAUAGAAGUUACUCCAAGCAUUUAGAGUUGUACAGGUUUUUUUUUUUCUUUUGUGGUUGUAAAUGUUAUCUACUUGCUUUUGUUUGAUUCUUUUCCUUUGUUACACUGCGUUUCAUUGAGUUUUAUUAAAGGGAUUU